AUGUCUUUUCACCAGUGUGGAGGCAACGUGGGAGACCAUUGCAUGAUACCUCUACCUCCGUGGAUUCACGAGGCGAUAGACAAUAACAACGAUAUUGUCUACACGGACCGGGCCGGACGAAGAAACAGAGAGUACCUUUCGCUGGGGUGCGACGACCUUCCGGUUCUUCAGGGUCGGACGCCGAUUCAAGCUUACAGCGACUUCAUGAGGAGCUUCAGGGACGCGUUCUCGGAAGACCUCGGUUCCGUUAUUACAGAAAUACAAGUUGGCAUGGGUCCUGCCGGCGAGCUUCGGUACCCCUCAUAUCCAGAGGGUAACGGAAUGUGGCAAUUUCCUGGAAUUGGCGAGUUUCAGUGCUACGACAAGUACAUGCUUUCGAGCUUGAGAGCAGCGGCCGAAGCCAACGGAAAGCCCAAUUGGGGACUUGGAGGUCCGCACGACUCUGGUUAUUACAAGCAGUGGCCUCAAGAAACAGGUUUUUUUCACGAGUUCGGCAAUUGGAACUCCCAAUACGGUCACUUCUUUUUGCAGUGGUACUCUGAGAUGCUAAUUCAACAUGGCGACCGAGUGCUUUCCUCAGCUUCAUCAAUUUUCCGUGGAACCAACACGUCCAUCUCGGGCAAGGUGGCAGGUAUCCACUGGCACUACGGCACCAAGUCGCAUCCACCAGAGCUCACAGCGGGUUACUACAACACCAUUUUCCGCGACGGCUACAUUCCGCUGGCACGGAUGUUCGCCAGACAUGGCGCUGUGCUCAAUUUCACAUGUAUUGAGAUGAAGGACGCGGAGCAGCCAUGGUAUGCCUUGUGCAGCCCGGAGGGGCUACUCCGGCAAGUCGCACAUGCAGCACAUGUGGCGGGCACAAGGGUCUCAGGAGAGAAUGCUCUGCCUCGGUUCGACGAGGGAGCUUUCAAUCAG